AUGAACGGCCAAGCAGGCAGCAGAUCGACGUCGUCCGGCGGACAGCGUCUCUUUGAAGACGUCGGUGUCUGGCAGGAUGCGCCGCUGCUGACGGGCAGCACCAAGUUUGAGCCGCGCUCCGACGUCAAGAACAUCAUGAUCACCGGAGGAGCCGGCUUCAUUGCCUCGUGGGUGGUCCGGCACCUGACGCUGGCGUAUCCCGAGGCGUACAACAUUGUCUCGUUCGACAAGCUCGACUACUGCUCGUCGCUCAACAACACGCGCGCCAUCAACAGCAACCGCAACUUCUUCUUCUACCAGGGCGACAUCACGCACUCGGCCGAGGUCAUGGACUGCAUGGAGCGCUUCAACAUCGACACGGUGCUGCACUUUGCCGCGCAGUCGCACGUCGACUUUAGCUUUGGCAACUCGUACAAGUUCACCUACGCCAACGUCUACGGCACCCACGUGGUGCUCGAGAGCGCCAUCAACGCCGGCAUCAAGCGCUUCAUCCACGUCUCCACCGACGAGGUCUACGGCGAGGUCAACGACGACGACGACGACCUGGUCGAGACGAGCAUCCUGGCCCCGACCAACCCCUACGCCGCCAGCAAGGCCGCCGCCGAGAUGCUGGUGCACUCGUACCAGAAGAGCUUCAACCUGCCGGCCAUCAUUGUGCGCAGCAACAACGUCUACGGGCCGCACCAGUACCCCGAGAAAAUCAUCCCCAAGUUCAUCUGCCUGCUCAACCGCAAGCAGCCCGUGGUGCUCCACGGCGACGGCAGCCCAACCCGGCGCUACCUCUACGCCGGCGACGCCGCCGAUGCCUUCGACACCAUCUUGCACAAGGGCGAGGUCGGCCAGGUGUACAACGUGGGCUCGUACGACGAAAUCUCCAACAUGUCCCUGUGCGGCCACCUGCUCACCGAGAUGGGCAUCCCCCACGACGCGCCCGCCGACUUUGACCGAUGGGUCAAGCACACGCGCGACCGGCCCUUCAACGACCACCGCUACGCCGUCGACGGCACCAAGCUGCGCCAGCUGGGGUGGGAGCAAAAGACGUCCUUUGCCAACGGCCUCCGGACGACGGUGGACUGGUACAAGCGCUUCGGCGAGGCCUGGUGGGGGGAGCUGACCAAGGUGCUGUGCCCGUUCCCCCUCGUCGACAAGGCCGAUUCGGAUUCUGGCUCCGUCGACGGCCGGCGCCAGGGCCAGAGCCAGGACACGGAAAGGCAGGGUCAGCGUGGCCAUGGCCAUGCGCCGCCGCCGCCGCGGAAGGACACCUGGCAGGCCUCCAAGCCCAAGGCGCUGCUGGCUGACGAGACGGAGACGGUGGCUGUCAACUAG